UGAUAACAUUAAACGAGCAGGUGAUAAUGGUACACAGUCCACCGGUACGCCCCUAUUACAAAUGCUCAUAAGUACUCAGGAUAUUGACGUUUUAUGUGGGCAUAAGAAUAACAGGUUAAAGGAUGUCAUUUGAUCAGAACGGAACUAUGGAGACAGAGUAUCGGACAUAAAGCACUAUAUUGGAAGGUACAAUGACACUGAAUACUUGUUGGGAUGAAACCGAAGUUAAAGACAUUGCAUCACAUUUACAGGAUGGCAGAUUGGUUGAACUUAGCACAUCGUUUCUUAUGCAGUUAAAAAAUUGUUCCGAGCUUUCUGACAAGGGCGGUGGAUUCGGUAAAAUAUAUAUUUCUCGCGAUUCUAUUCCUGGAUUCAAACACCGACUUGUCUUAAAGGAGAUUGGAGGAGACGAUAGGAACAACAAAUCUCAAACCCAACUUUUAAGUUCAGUUAAAAAUGAGAAGCUGGCAUCACGCGUCAGACAUUUUGCUAUUGUUCCACUGCUAGCAUACCACGACGACAUUUCGAUUGGGAAAUAUUACUUGAUUUCACCGUAUUUUGAAAAUCAAGACUUGUUCGAUGCAAUACGAUUUGACACUGGGGAACAGAUUCUUCUUGUGUGGAAAACAAGGCUGAAAGUGAUUUACCAGAUAACAUGUGCAAUAGACUAUAUGCACACACCAAAUUCCUUCCGAGGAACCAUUCUUCAUUUGGACAUCAAGUCAAAAAACAUCGUGCUUGACAAAAUGUACAACGCUAGAUUAAUAGAUUUUGGCUUAUCGAGGGAGUCUAAGACAGGAGGGAAUAUAACGACAGGGCUUUUCUCAGGGACGGAGUUAUACCGACCACCAGGUUGUUACAAACCGAGCCCCAUACUGGAUUAUUAUGCUUUCGGUGUUGUAAUUCGAGAAAUUUUGACCGGUCUUGGUCCUGAUGGAGCUGGACAUGAGGGAGCAACCCCGACACCAUUGGGGCUAUUGGAUAAACGUAAUUUCGAACUUUUGAUACUGAGGCGAAUAUGGAACGUUGAUGUAUGGGAGAAUUUGUCAAAAAUAGCUGAUCGAUGCAUUUCUAGUUGUCACGACGAAAGCAAACAAAUAACGUCAGCUUCAAUGCUCUCGUCAUUGAAGAAAACAGUUUUAUUGGCCCAGUAACUGGAAAAUAUCAUUCUUAUAACUGCGCGACACAGAUCAAAACAUGUUCAGCCUGCAUGCGAAACGGGUAUAUAAAUCCAGUUAAGUGUCAGGGGUGCGAUAAAGAUGACGAGAUCAAAGCGAUUAUCGGAGAUGGAUGGGGUGCCAUUUUAAUAGCUGGAUAUGACGAAGACAACAGUUUCUUUCAAAAAGAUGUGAAGGUGUUUGCACAUGCUAUAUCAUCGAAGGUUCUACCAUCAAUGUGUGUUAG